AAUAUGCAUCAUGUGGUGUAAUAUAUACAGUAUAUCACGUGCAAAGUUUUUACAUUUAAAUUAAUGCAUGAAGUUUAACGCGUACAACAAUGCGUUAAUCGCCCGCCCCCUAUCGGACGUCUAGUCAGGUCCUCCGAAGCGCGACGGAAGUGACCGGCGCCCAGGCCCUUGCGAGUUUUUGGUGUGGGGAGGGGAAGAACACUUCCAUCCGGUUAUUGCAGCUCCACGACCGAGCUUCCUUCCAGGUGUGCAAGCGGAGCUUUCUUCCUAGUAUCUGAAAGAUAAGAAAGGAAGAGGGAUAUCAAUACAGUCGCCUCCUUGAACACGUCGUUCUACUGUGUAAAUUACGAGGGACGAUCUAUCCGCCAAGCUUAAUCAAGAGGCCAGUUUGCCUCGGCGUGUCAGGUUGCUGACUGUUUCUAUAGCCUCUCCCACUAUUUGUUGUUAAGGGAGAGGUCACACUAACAUUGCUAACAGCAUCCGAGGCAAAAAGCCCUCGAUGAACGGGCACCGGACUGUGAGAAAUCGGAACCGGGAUCAGGACCGGAAUGUGGAUGCAGUAUGUCGGCCACAUGUGGCAUCUGGAGGCAGCAGCAGUGGUGGAGGAGGGAGGGGGAACUGUGUCUUAAGGAAAUUGAUCCAAUUACCAUCUCCUCCCUUGACACGUCACCAGCUCAAGAGACUUGAAGAACAUCGCUAUAGUAGUGCUGGCCGCUCAUUACUGGAACCUUUCAUGCAGCACUAUUGGGAAUGGCUGGUCCGCCAGGUGCCUGCUUGGAUGGCACCAAACCUUAUUACCAUUGUAGGCCUCAUCAUUAACAUGAUUACAACUCUGGUCCUGGUUUAUUACUGUCCCACAGCUACUGAACAGGCUCCUUUAUGGGCAUACCUGGCAUGUGCUCUGGGACUGUUUAUUUACCAGUCUUUAGAUGCUAUAGAUGGGAAACAGGCAAGGCGAACAAACAGUAGUUCCCCACUGGGUGAGCUCUUUGACCACGGCUGUGAUUCCCUGUCCACAGUGUUUGUGGUUUUAGGAACAUGUAUUGCUGUGCAACUGGGAACUAACCCUGACUGGAUGUUCUUCUGUUGUUUUGCUGGGAUGUUUAUGUUUUAUUGUGCGCACUGGCAGACAUACGUCUCAGGAACACUACGCUUUGGCAUAAUUGAUGUGACUGAGGUGCAAAUCUUCAUAAUAAUCAUGUAUUCACUGGCAGCAAUUGGAGGAUCGGAUUUUUGGCAAUUACCGAUUCCUGUAUUAAACAUCCAAAUGAAGAUUUUGCCUGCUCUCUGUACAGUUGCUGGUGCAAUAUUUUCCAGUACAAACUACUUCCGUGUGAUAUUUACAGGAGGUGUUGGCAAGAAUGGAUCCACAAUAGCAGGAACAAGUGUCCUUUCUCCAUUCUUGCACAUAGGCUCUGUGAUAACCCUUGCAAUUAUGAUAUACAAGAAGUCUGCAGUUCAAAUCUUUGAAAAGCACCCAUGUCUUUACAUACUUGCUUUUGGGUUCUUGUCUGCUAAAAUAACCAACAAAUUGGUGGUUGCACACAUGACAAAGAGUGAAAUGCAUCUUCAUGAUCUGGCAUUUGUAGGUCCCGGCUUGCUCUUCCUUGACCAGUAUUUCAACAGUUUUAUUGAUGAAUAUGUGGUUCUCUGGAUUGCCUUGAUCUUCAAUUUCUUUGAUCUUGCCCGUUACUGUAUCAGUGUCUGCAAUCAGAUUGCUUCUCAUCUCAAUAUUUCUGUAUUCAAGAUAAAGCCACCAGCUUUACUCAGCAAUCAAGGCCACAACCACCACUAGUCCAUUGUUGUUCUUUAUUACAAAACUGGAAAUCUUUUUCUUAUGAAUGUAAUCUAUGAAAAUGUAAGAUUCUGGUAACUGUGAGAAGAAAACAAAACAAAAAAAGAUUCAGUUAUUGUCAUGCAACGUAUUGCAGUUUCAAUGUUGUCAUAUCAUUUACUAGCACUCCUUUUUUUUAAGGAAGAAAAAAUGGACAAUUCUUUUCUCACUAUUACCACACCCCUCCAGUUUUAUGGUGUUUAUUCCCUAAAUAUUCAUCACAAAACCUUUAAAUGAGCAAAGAGAAACAAACGUAAAGAAGACACUGGUGGCGUACUUGUAUCUUCUGAUUAAGCCCUUGUUUUCAGGCAGCACUCAGUGUAACCUUUUCUACAUUCACCAUUUAAUCAGUGGUUAAGUUGUUUUGCAGCUUGUUUUUGUUAGGUGCAAAUUUAUUUGCUAAUUUAAAAUGACUCAUUACAUAGGAAAAAAAAGUCUUAAAAUUGGCAUGCCCUUGUGUGAGUGUAUUUUUUUUUUUUUAAUCUUCAACAAAGCAUAGAAUAUUUAAAAGUAACCUUAUUUUUUAAUCCAAAUAUAUUUGGGUUGCAAGUUUUAACUCCGUGUAAAUACAGUAUGCAUUUUGCUAUGAGUAUUUUUCUUUCAUAUUUAACAGUAUGUAUCUCAAGUUUUUUGGAGUUCUUUUAACACUGAAGGAAAGAAGCUGAAUGGUCAUUUUGCAUCUUAUCUGGCUGAUAAUACAAGAGAGAUUCAUUAUGUGGUUGUUGAGUAAUUUUAUUUUCUUGCUCAAUUUUUGACUUUAAUGUUCUCAAGCUAUACAAUGUUGUUUUUCAUUAAGGAACAUCAGGAUUAUAAAUUGAAAUUCUUUAAUCAUUAAAUGAACUUUGCCAAUGUUUAUUUAGUCAUAUGUGUGUAAUGAAGAAAGAUUGAUAAUCAGUAAAAAUAUUUAUACAACCGUUUCCCCCAUCUAAUGUAAUUAAUGAGUGUGUUCCCCUUUCUAGAUUACAGGCAGUUUAGAAAUAGUUAACAUUGAUUUUAGUUUUAUGUAAAAAAUGGUGAUUGUUCUUCGACAAAAUGUAUGAGAGAGAACUGGUACUGGCAGGUUAAAAUGAUAAUAAAUAUUACUUUCUUCUGGAUGAAAAAAAAUCUUUUUUUAGGAUUAAAAAAAAAUCCAUUAGUGUAUGUGUUUUUCUGUGUCUUACGUUGCCUCAGUUAGUACUGCUGCUUAUCGCAAGUUUCAGUGAAACUUUGGGAAUCAUAAAAAAAAAUGUGUCAGCUGGUUAAUCGAAUACCUCAAGAAUGAUCUUGGGUCAGUUUAAUUAAAUUUUGGUUAUUUUUUCACAUGUAUGUAUGUGUGUGUGUGUGUAUGUAUGUUUAUGCGUGUAUGUAUAUAUACAUACAUAUAUAUAUAUACAUAAAAUCAUGUGUAAUUUUAAAUUUAGUUUUAUUAACUUGCUGUAUCCAGCAUUUAUUUGAAAAGGGUUCUUCGUUUUCUAAAUGAUUGACUGCCUAACACAAAGUCUUAGUGAGUUUGCCUAUUAAUUGAUUAUGAAUGGUUGGCUUGGAUAAGUGAUUGUCUUGUUUCCUUUGCCUUAGCCCAAUUAAUUUAUUGGCCUGAAUUAAUGCAGUAGUCCUUUAUCUGACAUUGGGUCAAUUUUUGAAUGACAUUUUAUUGUUUAAAAAAUUAUUUGCUUCUUUCCAGAUUUUUCAUCUUUUAAGUUCUUACUUUAAUAUUUAAUUGAAUGCCUUUAAUAUUUGUAACUUUUUCUGUGACUUUUAAAAGGUUUAAAUCUUCAGAAAGCACAGAUGAUUGUUUCAUUUCACACUGUAGAUUUUACCAUGCCAAAUAUUUUGAGAGAGAGAGAGAAUUAAAGGAUGUUGUGAAGAAAUUUGAACAUACACACAUGACUGUGUAAUACUUGUACUGUGUUUUAGGUUUCUUUAUUUUUUGUCCUUGCCAAGUAAAAUUUUUUAAACAAAAUGUUGCCUUUUCCCAUAAUUCUAGAUUAAAUGGAAUUCAUAAGGCUUUCUAGAAAAAACCUAUAAAAAGGUUAACAACUGCUUUUUAUCAAAAUUCUCAGGUACAAAAAUAAUGUGUUGGUAGGUAACACUCCAGUGCUGCAUAAAAAGUGUAACUUAUUUCUGCUGACUUACAGUAUAAUAUCCUGUUUAAAUUUUGAUGCAGAGAUGGGAAGUCCGAAAUGUGCUAUACAGUAUUAUAGAUCAAAAGUGGAGAGAGAUACUGCUGAUGAGCGCCAAGAUGUUUCUCUCCAUAUAAUGGCAUUAGUAAUUAAACAAAGUACUGAAAAAAGGUCCGUUUCUUGUUUUGCAGUCCAUCUUAAUAAAAGCCUCAGUUAUGUUAUUUGAUUUAUUUUUGUUAGUUCUCUUUGCCUAAUUGUAACAUUCUUUCUGUUAAGAUAUUUCAUUUUAAAAAUAAAACAAGCCUAUGUAAAAUAAAGAAUACUAUAUUUAUAA